AUGUCGCGCACUCAUUCCCUAGGAGCAACUGCAGAUCAGAAUGAAGGUCGUCCUCAGAGAGACCUUAUUUGCUUUGACCUAGAGCCCAGCAGUGCGAGCCGUCAGCCGAAUCUUCCAGCACCACCAGGUACUGCGCCGAGCGAGGCUCGCCUGGGCUUUACUUCGAAUUCCAAUAACAACGGAUCGCUUGCCAGGUCUAUGGGCAUCCCAGACCAGACCAGACCCUACCAACGAGCAGUAGUACCGGCCACCGCAGCCGCCGAAACUCCCUAUAAUUAUCGAGGGGACCUAUCACUGGCCCGGAAUCAAAGCGCCGACAUACCAGACUCAAACAAUUGCCGACUAUGGAUCACCGGUCUGCCGCCGGGCUGCAUAGUUCGACAGCUCCUUGGGGCUAUCAGAGAAACCGGGCCAAUAUACGCAACUAACAUCAGUCCUCCGGUAAUCGACGCGAGCCACGCGAUUCAUACGUCCACAGCCUCCCUGACAUUCUUCACCAUAGAAGCAACCACGCUGUUUCUGAACCGGCACGCAACCAACCGGUUCACCGUAGACGGAUUCCCAACAACCAUGGUGCGACACCGGAUUCGAACAGAGCCUAUGAACCCCGGCAGACGCUCUUGGGUUCUGCAAACCACAGGCAACCCUACUAUCGUCACCCCUGAGAACCUCACCCGGAUCAUUACCCAGCAGUGGAAUAUCAGAUUCGAGACCGACUUCGUCGAGUAUGUGCCCGGAAUGGAGCAGAGCGAGAUUGUUUGGGCGUUUUCGGGCUUCAGAGCCCAAGCUCAUUCGUCGCAUAUUACCCAGAUCCUUGAGCCUGAGGAACACUCUCGUGAUCGGAAUAUGGAAAUUCUGGAGUUUCACGAGGAGGGAAUAGACUUGCAAGUCUUGCGACAGACGCAAGAACACAUGGGCUACGCCAGUCAGGCGCACGCACAUGUCAACCUGGUGAAUCACGCCGCCUCUCAGCGUCUAUCCUUUCUGGGUGACUCCUAA